UUUUAUCUCCACGACGUUUUCCGUAAAAGGGGGCAGGCUUUUGUGUACAGGUCCCAUUCAUGCAGUGUGUAUAGAAGUGUUCGCCGACAGCCUAGCCGUGUCACAUCCUCCUCAGAUCACAAAGCUCUCCUCUCUCAGGCUGAUUGGAAAGUGACCCUAUACAGUAGUAGCCACCAUGGCAGAAGCGCACCAGGCGGUGGCCUUCCAAUUCACCGUCACCCCUGAUGGCAUUGACCUGCAGCUGUGCCACGAAGCUCUACGCCAGAUCUACCUCUCUGGCCUCCACUCCUGGAAGAAAAGGUUCAUUCGCUUCAAGAAUGGGGUGAUGACUGGUGUGUACCCUGGCAGCCCUGCUGGGUUCAUGGUAGUGGUUGUGUCCUACAUGUCCUACAAUAAAUAUCAACGGCUCGAUCCCUCUCUGGGAUUGAUUGCCAAGCUGGGUCAACACGUACCCAUCAGUCGAUAUAUGUCUACAGACAGCCAGAGGAUAGUUGGAGGAGUUCUGGUGGGCACAGGCCUGUGGGUCACCAUAAUCAUGAUUAUGAGGAAUGUCCUAAAGUGUCUGUUGUCAUGGCAUGGCUGGAUGUAUGCACACCAUGGCUCUGUGUCCUGGUCUACCCGUCUGUGGAUGAUAUUAGUGAAGGUGUUCUCUGGCAGGAAACCAAUGCUGUACAGUUUCCAGAACUCGCUGCCACGGCUACCUGUUCCAGCUGUCAAGGACACCUGCAAAAGGUAUUUGGAGUCUGUGCGCCCACUGAUGGAUGAUGAGCAGUAUGAACGGAUGAAGGGCUUGACAAAAGACUUUGAGAAGAACCUGGGUCCCAGGCUGCAGUGGUACCUCAAACUCAAGUCCUGGUGGGCCUCCAACUAUGUUAGUGACUGGUGGGAGGAGUACAUUUACCUUAGAGGUCGUGGGCCCAUCAUGGUCAACAGCAACUAUUAUGCCAUGGAUUUCCUAUAUGUGUUCCCCACCUCCAUCCAGGCUGCAAGGGCAGGUAAUGCCAUCCAUGCUAUCAUGCUCUACAGGAGAAAGCUGGACAGAGCCCAGAUCAAACCAAUAUACUUGCUGGCAAACAAGGUUCCUCUGUGUUCGGCUCAGUGGGAGCGGAUGUUUAACACCACCCGCAUCCCUGGUUUGGAGACAGACAUCCUUCAGCACAUGAACGAGAGCAAACACAUAGCUGUGUACCAUAAGGGUCGCUUUUUCAAGGUGUGGAUGUUUUAUGACGGUCGGCUGCUGUUGCCACGGGAGAUAGAGCAGCAGAUGGAGAGGAUCUUGGCAGACAAGUCGGACCCCUUACCAGGAGAGGAGAAACUAGCAGCUCUCACUGCAGGGGACAGGACCCCGUGGGCCAAGGCUCGUGACACCUACUUCAGCCGUGGUAAGAACAAGCAAUCUUUGGACGCCAUUGAGAAGGCAGCCUUUGUUGUAACCCUGGAUGACACCGAGCAGCGCCAUGAUGCUAACAACCCAGUCAAGUCUCUGGACAGUUAUGCCAAGUCACUGCUCCAUGGAAAAUGCUACGACAGGUGGUUUGAUAAAUCCUUUAACCUGAUAGUUUUUAAGAAUGGCACCAUGGGACUGAACGCAGAGCAUUCCUGGGCAGAUGCUCCUAUCGUUGGCCAUCUUUGGGAGCAUGUACUUUCCAUGGAUCCUGUUAAGCUGGGCUAUACUGAGGAGGGUCACUGCCGAGGGGAGCCCCACCCCAACCUGCCAGGUCCUCAGAGGCUGCAGUGGGACAUCCCUGCUGAGUGCCAGGAGGUCAUCCAGAGCUCCCUGACGGUCGCCAGGACUCUGGCUGAUGAUGUGGACUCUCACAUUUUCCCCUUCAGUGACUUUGGCAAGGGUCUGAUUAAGAAGUGCCGCACCAGUCCAGAUGCCUUCAUCCAGAUCGCCCUCCAGCUGGCCCAUUACAGGGACAAAGGGAAGUUCUGCCUAACAUACGAGGCCUCCAUGACACGUUUGUUCCGUGAGGGCCGAACAGAAACUGUGCGCUCCUGCACCAUGGAGUCCUGUGCCUUUGUUCGUUCCAUGAUCAGAGAUGAGACAAGAGAAGAGCGCCUCAAGUUGCUCAAACUGGCAGCAGAGAAGCACCAAAACAUGUACCGCCUGGCAAUGACAGGACAGGGCAUCGACCGUCACCUUUUCUGUCUUUACGUGGUUUCCAAAUAUCUAGGAGAAGACUCACCCUUCCUCAAGGAGGUCCUGUCUGAGCCUUGGAGGCUGUCCACCAGUCAGACCCCUCUGCAGCAGGUUGAGUUGUUCGAUCUGGUCAGACAUCCUGAGUAUGUGUCCUCUGGAGGUGGAUUUGGUCCAGUUGCUGAUGAUGGUUAUGGUGUCUCCUACAUCAUUGUUGGUGAGAACCUCAUCAACUUCCACAUCUCAAGCAAACACUCAAGCCCAGAAACUGACUCCCACCGUUUUGGCUCCAACAUCAGGCAGGCCAUGCUGGACAUGCUGGAUCUCUUCCAGCUCAGGAAGAAUGCCAAGUGAUCAUCCUCUCCAUAGGUGGAAUAAACAUGAAAAGUUGUGUGUAGAAAAAUAUAUAUUGUUCUUGAAGCUUGUACAGAAUGAAAUGAUGGAUAUGGGGCUCUUUUUUAAGUUAAUUCACGUUGCAGAAAUAAGGAUAAUUGAUAGGUAUUUGGAAACAUUAUUGUCAAUAUGUGUGCAAGGCGUUUUAUGUGUACUGUAUGUAUAGGCAAGGUGAGAUUCAGUUGGUAUUGGGCACAGGGAGUGCACAGAUCAAGGUUUUUAUUUACGGGACUGGUCGCACGGUGCCUUAGUGACCCAUCAAUAUAAAAAGGGCAAAAAGGGAGGGGCGAAUUAGAGCCACUAUAGUCUAAGAUCAAGUCUGUAUUACCACAGUUGAGAGACAUUUCAUCUGAAGGACUGUUCCACAGCAUCAUCCAAUAUUUGUAUCAUGUUUUAAGUUAAGAGGUGGUGCAAUAUUUUGACCAUUUUUGUCCCAAUGUUGGAAAUGAUUUUAAUUCUAAAUGUUUUUAAAUUUUUUUUUCUCAUAAAUUGCAGAACCUGAGUCAUGUGUCAUUAGCCAAAGCAGCAGACCUGAUGUUAAAUAUCAUAUCAACAAUGCAUGCAUGUUGUGUGGUGACCAUUAAUUUCACAUGGCUCAGUAAUUAAACUCCCGCUGAGUCUGAUUCUCUAGGCUGAGCAGUUGCGUCCAAUAAUCUUGUAACUACGGGAGCCUGCAGGAGGAAAACAGAUGAUCUGUAAUUACAAGAUAAAUAUUCAGCUUUGGAAAGUGACCUCGUAUCAGUGUGAUGCUGCAUACAACACAGGAGAUGGGGAGCUGUGCCUCUGUCUAUUCAAUGGAUCUUUAUUGCCUUUCGGACUCAAGUGUACAGCCAAUGUGUGUGUUUAUUUUAGCUGCCAUGAUUUCAUGAUGUAACGACAAAGGCAGGUCAUGUUUGUGUGGGUGUGUUUGUCGUUUUCAUACUCAGGUUUUACUAAGCUGGUAUUUUGAGGGUGCUGGCUGCAGUACUGGAAGAUCAGUGCUUAUGUUGGCAUGUACAUCUGCAACAGUAGAAGAAAUUGAGAUGCAGUACAAUGUCAUGUGACCCUCCUGAUGAGCUGGUGGGUAGCACACCGACAACAUAAAUUUUGCUGUGGGAGUGAGCGAUUGGUGUGUGUCUGGGGUGAAGCUCACUUGUACAGCUUGUUGGACUGGCAGCGUUAGACUGAAGAAUUUUCUUUAAGUUUCUCUUUCUUAAAAAAGAGCAAGCUAACUGUACUUUAUUGUGCACUCCAUGACUGGCCAUUUCAUUCUAACUAACCAAUUCCUAACUACAAAGUAGCGUUUUGUCAGCUCAAGAUGAAUUGUAAACGUUUAUGAACAAAGUGUCAAGUUGUUAGUUCCAGCAUAGUGAUGUUGCAAUUGUCAAGGUGAAGUUUAGAAUUGUUUAAUAGGUUGUUGCCAGUAAUGCAUAGGAAGUGCAGAGAUAGAGGGGCUGUCAUGUGUCGUGUGCAUUUCUGUUAUUAUGUAUAUGUUGUCUGGUCAUCAUAUUAUUUAUUUUUUCCACAUAUUCACCUCUGUAUUCACAAAACAAACAUGCACAUUUACCCCUUGAAGGUGCAGAAUUAUGCUCACUAAGUUAAACCUUUGCUGAAUUAAGACAUGAAAACAGACAAAAUUUUUCCUUUUUUAUCACAGACUUUGCCAGUACGUUGUAGUUGUAUGACUUUUUAUCUCAGUAGACCUCAUGUUUACACUGCUGCAUGGUGUUUGAAGAUGAAGCUGUACAUCUUUGUCUUGAAUUUAAAGAUGUAUAAAAAAAUAAAAUAAAAUACACACAGCUGAUAUACCAAAACGAGUUUCAACAAUAAAGUGAAUGUCGGACAGCUGUA